GUUUGUCUGAACCUUGAGCCUUCACCCCACCCGCUGGAUUAUCCCUGCAGCUCUUUCCCACUCGUUUGCCACAGAACCUGUCUCUACAAGUCUUCGGUUUCUUUUCUUUUGCCCUUUGGGGGUUCUCCGUCUCUUAUUUCCGAAGCACGGUCCAAGUCACCCCUCCUCGUGGUGUUUCAGGGAGACUCUUUUCGCCCAACACUCCCCGCGGGUUGUUAUAGCUCGAGACCUCAUUAUGGAUUCCAUGAGGUCGCUAAAUACCUCACUUCCGAGCUCGACUCCUCGCCCGCAGCCUCCGGAGCAGCUUCUGCAGUCCUUCAAGACCGCCGCGUUGUCCGUCACCAACCUUUAUAAGAAUGCUGUCUUUGAGCAAGCCCAGGCGAAACAAGCUGGAUAUCAUGAAGCAAUUGAAGAUUUGCUGCAAUUCUUAGACAGAGAGAAUUUGGGACUCGGUGACGGAGAAGGGUGGCGGGUUCGUCAAUGGGCCACGGAACGAAUGGAUGGCCCGCUGAGUGACGAAGAUGAUGCCGAAAAGCAAGCUCGAGGCUCCCCGUAUACUGCGCCUCGAAAGGCAAAUGCCGAGCCGGUCACAACAAAACCUCAACCGAAGCCCGCUCCGUCCUCCGACCACGAACCAGUUACCACGCCACAACAGCCAGCUCAACAGCCGCCGGCAGUUUCGUCCCAUGUCCCCGACAGCAACCCCCCUGACCGAUCGGCCGUAUUCACCUUUACAGCUGGGCCGUCCUUUCCACCUCAACAGGAACACGAUGUCGAUAUGCAGCCCUCCGAUGACUCGGCGCCGUCCAGUCAGGAUGAAGCUCCCGUCAGCGUCUCUGUUGUACCCCGAAACUCCCGAUCACAGAACCGCCACAGCAAUCUAUCGAGGCCGAAUCCCCGAACCUCCGUACGGGAUACCACAGGACUGAGUUCGAAACGAAAGUUCACUGUACCCGACUUCUUCGAUUUAUCCGGGAUGGGAAACAAAGAUGUGUUCGGGGGCGGCAAACGCAGCCGCUUCACCUAGAGAAUAUGGAAUCGACGAUUGCACGAAUUUAAUAUUCUUUUAGCUACGCAGCGGUUGGUUGUCAUUUUCAGUUUUGGAUGCAUUAGGAGGAGCAUUGCAUGUGAUCACAUCUGGUUAUAGUUCCUUCUACCCUUGUUACUCUUUUUUCUUUUUUUCUUUUUACUUUUUUACUAUACUUCUCCUGGGUCCUCUCGCCUGGUUUAUUUAUUUGUGUUUUUUUCCUGUUUCUUCUGUUGGGGUGUGUAUUAAGCAUAUAGAGAUUACCAGAUAUGGAGAUACCCGGGGAGGCGAUUUUGCGGUGUUGAGUCGUAUAUAUUUAUAUAAGUCAUUGCAUAUA